AUGAGCGACUCUUCUAGAGCCGGGUCUACCAGACCUUCUUCCAACUCAACAUCUUCUUCCACAACAGCCCCAGCAACAACAUCGACAUCAAAAGCGCAAACCUUCCCUCUCGCUCAUCCACCCCCCAAGGCCUCACAAUGUCUGCGCCUUUCCCCCCGCCUCGUCCUCCAAGUCCAACAACUCACCCCCUCGUCGCGCAUCAUCCCCGUUCUUGAAGUCUACCAGCCCUCCCGGCUCGGCAAGUCUGUACCAAACGGCCAACCCAAGCUCCACGCCCGCGACAUGUUCCUCACGCAGGGCGAGUCCUUCUCGCAUAUCCCCGGAUCAGAUAGCGCAAACGCAACCGAAGGAGCACCUCCCACCCACGACCUCGUCGGCGCCAUCUACGCGGACCCGAAACGCACCUCUGGCGCAGGCGUCUACAUCCCCGCCGGCGACCUGAAAUGGGAAGCAACGCAGACCCCUAACGGAUACCGAUUUCAACUCAAGCGAGCCUCGGCCCCACGACCAGCCAGCAAGCAGUCCGUCGGGGACGGAAACGCCGCUGCAUCCGACGCCGCCGCCCCGCCCCGCUCCAGGGGCCAAGGCCAGCAAGAACCUCUCGACAUCUCACUAGACUGGGAACGACGAGCGCGCACCUCCUCCGACGAACCCACCGACUCCAACGCCAACACCGGCAGCAGCAACAAAACCAAACCCGACCGCUUCGUCCUGACGAUCGCGGACCAGCCGCACUUCCGGCGUCCGUGGCUCGCAACGCUCACAAAAAAGGGGUUCAUGGUGGGCGGGUGGGAUCGGGGACAACGGGCGUUCCUGGCCGAGCGGCUUGGCGUGCAGGACGAGCAGGUGCUGUAUACGUGCUUUUUGGCCUUGGGGGUAUAUGUGGCGCACUCGGAGGGAUGGGUGAGUUAG